AUGAAGAGAGAAUCAACAGAAUCACAACUGAAGUUUAUUGAUAUCACUUCCUCCUUUUUCUUCUUCUUCUUCUUCUCUUUUUUCUUUUCCUCUCCUCCUACCUUUACUUUUCCUCUUUUUCCUUUUCCUCUCCUUCUACCUUUACUUCUCCUCUUCCUCCUUUUUCUUCUUCUUCUUCUUCUCUUUUUCCUUUUCCUCUCCUUCUACCUUUACUUCUCCUCUUCCUCCUUUUUCUUAUUCUUCUUCUUCUCUUUUUCCUUUUCCUCUCCUUCUACCUUUACUUCUCCUCUUCCUCCUUUUUCUUAUUCUUCUCCUUCUCUUUUUCCUUUUCCUCUCCUUCUACCUUUACUUCUCCUCUUCCUCCUUUUUCUUAUUCUUCUCUUUUUUCUUUUCCCCUCCUCCUACCUUUACUUCUUCUCUUUUUCCUUUUCCUCUGCUUCUACCUUUACUUCUCCUCAUCCUCCUUUUUCUUAUUCUUCUCCAUCUCUUUUUUCUUUUCCUCUCUUCCUACCUUUACUUCUCCUCUUACUCCUUUUUCUUAUUCUUCUCUUUUUUCUUUUCCUCUCCUCCUACCUUUACUUCUUCUCUUUUUCCUUUUCCUCUCCUUCUACCUUUACUUCUCCUCUUCCUCUUUUUUCUUAUUCUUCUCCUCCUCUUUUUUCUUUUCCUCUCCUCCUACCUUUAAUUCUCCUCUUUCCUCCUUUUUUCUUAUUCUUCUUCUCCUCUUUUUCUUUUCUCUCCUCCUACCUUUACUUCUUUUUUCCUCCUCCUUUUCUUAUUCUUCUCCUUCUCUUUUUCCCUCCUCCUUUUUUUCUCCUCUUCAUCCUUUUUCUUAUUCUUCUUCUUUUUUUUUUCCUUUCCUUCUCCUACCUUUACUCCUCUUCCUCCUUUUCUUCUUCUUCUUCUUCUUUUUCUUUUCCUCUCCUCCUACCUUUACUUCUUCUCUUUUUCCUUUUCCUCUCCUUCUACCUUUACUUCUCCUCUUCCUCCUUUUUCUUCUUCUUCUUCUUCUCUUUUUUCUUUUCCUCUCCUCCUACCUUUACUUCUUCUCUUUUUGCUUUUCCUCUCCUUCUACCUUUACUUCUCCUCUUCCUCCUUUUUCUUAUUCUUCUCCUUCUUCUUUUUCUUUUUCCUCUCCUCCUUCCUUUACUUCUCCUCCUUUCCUUCAUCUUUACUUCUCCCUUUUCCUAUUCUUAUUCUUCUCUUUUUUCUUUUCCUCUCCUCCUACCUUUACUUCUCCUCAUCAUCCUUUUUCUUAUUCUUCUUCUUUUUUUAAUUUCCUCUCCUUCCUACCUUUACUUCUCCCUCUUCCUCCUUUUUCUUAUUCUUCUUCUUUUUUUUUUCCUCUCCUCCUACCUUUUACUUCCUUCUUAUCUUUUUUUUCUUUUCCUCUCCUCCUUCUACCUUUAUCUUUUCCUCUCCUUCCCUUUUCUUCCUCUUUUUCUUAUUCUUCUUCUUCUUUUUUUCUUUCCUCUCCUCCUACCUUUACUUCUCCUCUUCCUCCUUUUUUUCUUAUUCUUCUCCUUCUCUUUUUCUUUUCUCUCCUCCUACCUUUACUUUUCCUCUUCCUCCUUUUCUUCUUCUUCUUCUCUUUUCCUUUUCCUCUCCUUCUACCUUUACUUCUCCUCUUCCUCCUUUUUUUCUUAUUCUUCUCCUUCUUUUUUUUUCCUCUCCUCCUACCUUUACUUCUCCUCUUCCUCCUUUUAUUCUUCUCCUCCUCUUUUUUCUUUUCCUCUCCUCCUACCUUUAAUUCUCCUCUUCCUCCUUUUUCUUAUUCUUCUUCUCCUCUUUUUUCUUUUCCUCUCCUCCUACCUUUAA